GGAACCGCGUGGGCAUUGCCGCCGCCGCCGCCGCAGCGACUCACUCCCCGACUCCCCCAUGGCGCCGCCGCACAUGGCGUCCGUCCCGGCGGCGCUCCGGCGAGCGGCGACGCUGGCGCGGUGGUAUCCGGCGGCGAUGUUCUCGUCGGGGAUCGUCCCCGAGAACAAGCCCAUCCUGGUGCGUGACUUCGUGAGGUCGGCGCUGUACGACCCCAACCAUGGCUACUUCUCCAAGCGGUCGGGACCCGUGGGCGUGCUCGACUCCAGCAUCCGCUUCAACCAGCUCGACGGUAGGAGUGCGUAUAUGCAGUACCUUGAUAAGUUGUACAAGAAGCAUGACAUCGCUUGGUUCACUCCAGUGGAGCUCUUCAAGCCAUGGUAUGCCUAUGCAAUAGCUGCAUCAAUCCUCCGUACAGCAAAUCUUUCAGUCCCACUGAAGAUUUACGAAAUUGGUGGUGGUUCUGGCACAUGUGCAAAAUGCAUACUUGACUACAUGAUGUUAAAUGCUCCACCGAAAGUAUACAAUACUAUGAAAUACAUCUCAGUAGAAAUUAGUUCCUCUCUAGCUGAGAAGCAAUUGGAAACUGUUGGUGAGGUGCGAAGCCAUUUGUCAAAGUUCAUGGUUGAGUGUCGUGACGCAACUGACAGAGCUGGAUGGGGCCGCAAGGAUCCUCAACCUUGUUGGGUGUUAAUGCUUGAGGUACUUGACAAUCUACCACAUGACCUUGUCUAUUCGCCAGAUCAGGUCUCUCCAUGGAUGGAAGUAUGGAUUGAAAAAGUAAAUGGCAGUUCACAAGGCUCUGAGGUAUACAAACCAUUACAAGACCCACUAGUUUCCCGCUGUGUCGAGAUUACUGGCAUAAAUGAAGAGAAAGUGUCUGUGAGAGACAAAUUAUCACUUGCUGCAAAAGGAGUUGUGUCAAAAGUAUUCCCAAAGCCUCGGAGAGCUUGGUUACCAACUGGAUGCUUGAAAAUACUAGAUACUUUACAUCAAGCUUUGCCAAGCAUGUCCCUUAUAGCUUCAGAUUUCAGCUAUCUUCCUGAUGUCAGUAUACCUGGCGAUAGAGCUCCAUUGGUUUCUUCAAAGAAGGACGGGAGGACUUUGGAUCAUCGCAACUAUCUUGAGGCUCAGGGUGACGCAGAUAUUUUCUUCCCAACCGAUUUCUGGCUUUUGGAGAAGAUCGACCAUGACUGCUCUGGUUUCUCAAAACAGCAAAAGAACCCCGGUGCAUUUAAACCAGUUAAGACGAGGAGAACCAUCAUUCUUGAUUCUGCUGCCUUCAUGGAAGAGUUUGGACUGCCGUUGAAGACUAGGACCAAAGAUGGAUAUAAUCCACUCCUUGAUGAUUUCAGGAACACCAAGUUCUAUCUAAGCGUUCCUACCCAUAACAAGAAAUAGUCAUCAUAUAUUAUUUCUUGUUAUAUUUUAGUCUAUUCGUUGGUCAGAUCAUACUAUCCCAUGCGGAUAAAAAUCGACUUUCGCAUUCUUUUAGAGAACAGGAAAGUCUUUUAGUCGACCGAAGAAUCGCAAGUUUGAUUUGUCCAUUUCUGUACUUCACAAGCUGCAUGGCUGAAAAGUGGAUUAUAGUGUACUACACAGGAUGUCAGGCCUGCUUCUUUGUGACACGGCUUAUAAUUUGAGAACUUCAUUUUAUAAAUAAUUUUGAGUCUUUUCUAUUGUUA